AUGUCCGACGCCGUGUUCUCCCGCUCCGAAGUCUCGAUGCACUGUUGUGAGGACGACUGUUGGAUCGUAGUUGGCAACUACGUUUACGAUAUUACCAAGUUCGUCGAUCUCCACCCAGGUGGCCCGGAAAUCCUUCUCGAAUUCGUAAGUUUCCCACUCAGCUCUCCCCGAGCAUUUUCUCAUUUUCCCAUUCUUUCAGGCCGGAGGCGAUGCCACUGAUGCUUUCGAGUCGGUCGGCCACUCGAUGUGUGCCCGCAUGAUGCUCACCAAGUUCAAGAUCGGAAGCCUUCCAGAGGAGGAGCGUCCGGACUUUAUCCCAGCCGAGUACAUCACCCACGCCAAGAUCUCGCUUCCAAUGGCUCACUGA